GCAUUUCGCGUGGGGGCCCCUCCACCCCCGUUCAAUUCGUGUGGCUGAUAGAUAUCGAAUCGCCUCCAACGGCUAUAUAUAUCCCCUCUCCUGCACUGGGAGUUUCUCACCGAUUUCCAGAGUAAUCGCUUGCGAUCUCGUGAUCAGCUUUUCUUCCGCAGCGAAAGAGCACCCCAGCGUCCUCUUCGUCGGUUCUAGAAGUUCAAACCCAGCAAAUUACAUGGUUGAAGGAGAUUUCGAGCUUCCAACUGCUUUUGACCCAUUCGCUGAGGGCAAAGAUUCAGGUGCCCCAGGGGCAAAAGAGUAUGUGCACAUCCGUAUCCAGCAAAGGAAUGGAAAGAAAAGCCUGACCACCGUGCAGGGGCUGAAGAAAGAUUACAGCUACGAGAAGAUCCUCAAGGAUCUGAAAAAGGAGUUCUGCUGUAAUGGGAAUGUUGUCCAGGACAAGGAACUCGGCAAAAUCAUCCAACUGCAAGGCGAUCAGCGCAAGAACGUGUCCCAGUUCCUGGUCCAUAAUAACAUCGUGAAGAAAGACCAGAUCAAGAUCCAUGGCUUCUGAAGGGAGCCGUCGUUGGGUUUCAUGAUCGGUGAUUGUGUCGUGUGCCUACUACUAUAGCCUAUAGCUUGGCUUUUAUGUGGGGUCUGGAGAUUCCCUCAAUAAUCUGGUGGCUCUGACUGCUGGAGACGUUUCUAGGUUGUGUUUUUAUUCCUGUCGGUCCUCUUUGAUGCUCUUAAGACUUGUAAACUUAUAUGGGUCGUUGCCUUCCUUUGUGGAAAAUGGGAUUCGGAAGUUUCGAUGUUGACGUGAUAA